ACGACGGAUGGGAAGCUCACGCCACACAGAUCCACAAAUUCACGGAGCCAUUCAGAGCUCUCCAUGCUGCUCGGUGAAGCGGGAUCGCAGGUCGCAGACGCGUAGCACACACACUUACAACCGGGCUGGUGAAUGAAACUCUCAGACUGAUCCAGUGUGCUUGAAACUCAGCUGAUCUUGCGUCUGUUCUUCAUUUCCAUCAUCAUCAUCAUCAUCGUCUGUGAGUGUGAAGAUGCCUCCAGCAACAGGAGGGCCAGUGGGCUACACUCCUCCAGAGGGCGGCUGGGGCUGGGCAGUCGUAGUCGGGGCCUUUAUCAGCAUCGGCUUCUCCUAUGCCUUCCCAAAAUCCAUCACGGUGUUCUUCAAGGAGAUCGAGGUCAUCUUUAAUGCCACCAGCAGCCAGGUGUCGUGGAUCUCCUCAAUCAUGCUGGCUGUCAUGUAUGCUGGAGGACCAAUCAGCAGUAUUCUGGUGAAUAAGUUUGGUAGUCGGCCGAUCAUGAUCGCUGGAGGAUGUCUGUCAGGCACAGGAUUAGUCGCCGCAUCCUUCUGUGACACAGUGGAGGGGCUUUACUUCUGUGUGGGAGUCAUAGGCGGACUGGGUUUGGCUUUCAAUCUGAAUCCAGCAUUAACCAUGAUUGGCAAAUACUUCUACAAGCGUCGGCCAAUAGCUAACGGCAUCGCCAUGGCAGGAAGCCCAGUGUUCUUGUCGACUCUGGCCCCGUUGAACAGCUGGCUGUUUGAUCAGUUCGGGUGGAGAGGCAGUUUCCUCAUCCUAGGCGGAGCUCUGCUCAAUUGCUGUGUCGCUGGAUCAUUAAUGCGGCCUAUUGGACCAAAACCACAACCAGCCAUUCCCAAAGAGGACGGCGAAAUCAAACCACAAGAGAAAAAAACCCUGAUACAGACAAUAAACGGCUUCCUGGAUCUGACCCUCUUCACCCACCGAGGCUUCUUGCUGUACCUGCUGGGAAAUGUCAUCAUGUUUUUCGGCCUCUUUGCGCCUCUUGUGUUUCUCAGUAAUUACGCAAAAAGCAAACAUAUCUCCAAGGACAAGGCUGCGUUCUUGUUGUCCAUCUUGGCUUUCACAGACAUGAUCGCUCGGCCGUCUAUGGGUCUGGUGGCAAACACUCGCUGGGUUCGUCCACGGAUCCAAUACUUUUUCGCUGCGUCAGUGCUGUACAAUGGCAUCUGCCACUUGUUGGCGCCACUCUCCACCGAUUACCUGGGCUUUGCCAUUUAUGCUGUGUUUUUCGGAGUGGCUUUCGGCUGGCUCAGUUCUGUACUGUUCGAGACACUCAUGGAUCUUGUAGGAGCUCAGAGGUUCUCCAGUGCUGUUGGGUUGGUCACGAUUGUGGAGUGUGGGCCUGUGCUGCUUGGGCCGCCACUGUUGGGACGACUCAACGAUAUCUAUGAUGAUUAUAAGUACACAUAUCAGGGCUGUGGAAUCGUUCUGGUGAUCGCCAGCAUCUUCCUGUUUGUUGGAAUGGGAAUCAACUACCGGCUGGUAGACAAAGAGAAGAAAGAGGAAGAGAAAAGAGCCAAACUGGAAGACAAAGACGAGGAGACCAAUUUAGACAAUGCCCUGAACCAGAAGGAAAAGGAGGCAGAUGGAGUCGUAUAGGAUGUGUGAGCCGACAUUAGACACUAAUAAUGCCCGCACACACACACACACACACACACACACACACACACACACACACACACACACACGAGCAAUCCAUGUCUUCCAGAUCUGACCGUCCAAAUCCUCAAACGGUGAAAUCAGUUCCUUUCCAAUAUAGUUCAACCAGAACAGCACGAUGGACUGCGCAUCUGAAAUAUUAAUUUCAUUCUCCCAAUGUUCAGAAGGGAGGCUUUUGUACUAUGAUGUCACAGUUCCCCUAUUUUCUGACCUAUUACAAGCAUUAUAUGAGCAUUCCUAGUGUUUCGACUCCAAAAUUACACUGUUUAUCCACCUUUAAAUGCAGCUAUGAAAUGCACAUUUUAAAAUAGAAUUUUUUUAAAUUUUAUUUUAAUUUUUAUCAAUUGUAUGACAUUUAAGGUGACGCGUGCACACAGAAUUUGUCAAAUCCAGACAUGGGAGAAGGAGGGGUCUUUCAUUCUUCAGUCAGUGUCCAUUGUAAGAAUAGUGUUAGACUAAAGGUCAUUAUUGUAUGUUGUUUUUAGGGUUGAGUGCAGAUUUUGUUUUAGUGUUCGUUUGUUGCCUUCCUUGUUCUGAUUGGCUGGGAGAAAAGCAAAAUGGUGCCAGGCUUUGCUACACUGCCAUAAAAGGGCAAAACGCCGAAAUUACAACAAGACUGAAAAAGUGAAACUGCUUCGUCACAUCACGAGUGAGGAUCUUUAGGGUGAAAUAUGCAGUUACUGUGUUUUCCUUUGCGUGGUACAAAAAUGGAAGGUUCGUUCCUAUAUGAUGUUUUUGACUGGUUGCUCUAAUCUUGCGAUCUCACUAUGCUUAUUUAACUUUGGAGAUUUCAGUGGUUACAGUUUCUAGGAACUGCUGUAGACAGAAUUUUGCAAAAGUCGUCGUCUUUGUUGUUGUUGCUUUUUUUUUUGUCUGACAGGCUAUUCUCACUGAUGUUUUAGUGUUUUAAGGGGUGUUUUAGUUUGUGUCAUUUAGUGAAGAGUUCGAAUAGUGGAUACUUUAAAACUAUUUCUGACCACGUUGUAUUUAGGCAUCUAAAAACUGCUUUAAUUACAGAUUUUAUGCCUUUGAUCGGGUGCCUUUUGUCUAUAUCCAGGUAUUUGUAUUAAACGGCUAUACGUGUAACAAUACUAACUCCCUAACCCUGUUUUUCUGAGCGAUAUGCAAUGUGGAGAGGAUGUGUGUUUUUGUAAAUCACUUUAGUGUCAUAUUGUUUGGGAGAGUGAAGUCAUUUCUAACUGAGCCGGCAAACAAAAAUGGUAGAGAAUUUCUGUUGGCUAUAAAUAUAGACUUGGUUAUCAAAUUCUGCUAGUGUUUUAUAUAUAUAUGGAUAGUUCACACUAAAAUGAAAAAUCAUCUUUUACUCAUUAUUUUGUUCCAAUCGGUUUAUCUUUAGGAAACACAAUGAUUUCUGUCCCAUUGUUGAAAGCCUGUUCACACUUUAAAAUGUUUGCAAUGUGGUCAAGAAUGAUUCUAUGCAAGUUAAGCAGUUUAUUCAGAGCCUUAUGUGAUGAACAGAUUAAAUUGUGGCAUUUAAUCAGCAUAUAACAUUGAUCAGCAAGCAGACGCUCAAUCAUACCUCAUUGGCUCAUGUGAAAGGUCAAACGUGCCAUGUGACAUGCAGGAAUGAGCCUUAUAGGUUCUCACACAUCAAGAAAACAUGCUUGAGCGUCUGUGAUUUGAAUCUGAAUGCUGGAAAUAUGGCUUGCUCAAUGUUUUUGUAAAUGCUGUGCAUUAUAUCUGUACGCCUUAUAUAACCACUUAAUUCAUAUGAAUUCAUUUGAUUGAAUGUUUGGAGGGAUAGUUAACACAAAAAUUUCACUUGUUCAAAGCCUUUAUGACUUACUUUCAUCUGUCAAACAUGAGAAUGUAUGAACGUGAACAUUUACUCUCUUUACUCCCUAUCAAGUAUGCAAAAAAAAAUCUGUAAUUUUAUGGGAUGGGGAUGGGGGGGGUUCGGCAGCUGGGGUGCCAAUAUUUAACGGCUGUUAAAUUACAUAAAUUUACCGUAAAAUAACAGACGUUAAAUUAUGGAAAUUUCUGUAAUUUAACAUCCAUGAUUCUAUGGGAAAUUUCUGUAAUUUAACGGACAUUAUUUUACUUUUUUUUUUUUUUUGUACAGUGUAGUUAUAAACCCUUGAAUUUCUUGCUUAUGUUGAGUAAAAAUAUAUUUUCAAAGAAAAAUUUAAACCUGUAACCAUUAACCUCCGUUGUGUUUUUCAUACUAUGAAAGUGAAUGGUUACAGGUUUUCAGCUUUCUUCAAAAUAUCUUCUUUUUUUUUUAAUUUAUCAUGAGAGAAACUCAGAGGUUUAUAACUACUUGAGGGCCAAGUAAACAUUAAAUAAAUAAAUUUUCAUUUUUGGGUAUACUGUCCCUUUAAAGGUGCAGUAGGGGAUCUGCGACAAUGCUAACCGGCUAGCAUAAAUAUUUGAAACACAUUCCCACCCCUGCUGUCCAAAGCCACGCCUCCUAAAAAUACUACCACGCGCACCUUAAAGAUGACAACAAAACCUUCACUCAGCGACUGGUGCUUUGCGGCGUGCAGGAAUUACACUUAAUACUAAGCCAUGCUUUUUCAGACCGAAUAUUCAGAGUAGCGUGGUAAACAAUAUAGGGAGCGCGUCACAGAUUUUCAUUGUUCAAAAAUGAACCAAUGUGAAUAUAAAAUCAACUUCACCUCAAUAAAGCAGGCUAGGCGGAAUAGCGCUAUUUACGGAUGUUUUGUAGUUAAACUAAAUAAAAAUCAACAAUAUAGAUGGUGUAAAACGUCCCUUACGAAACUGAAAAUAGUCAUCUAUCGCCGGAAGAUUUCAGUGGCUGAACAACUCUUCUGUGCAUAUAACCCAUUUGUAACAACAUCUACAUCAGCUUUGCAUGACUAAAAUAGUUUUAAAACAGAACAUUACCUUCCUUCAGCCAUGGUGUUGUCUUUCCUCCAGCCUACGAAAGUAACUCCAAUAUUGAUUCAGGAUUUUAAAAAGUUUUGAUUCAGCAUGUUUUUACCACUCACGCUUUCUCUCUCUAUUUCUCUCUCACAUGAACCUGCAGCACAUGUACGCACAAACGGCGGAUCUGCGUGUAAACGGCUGCGCGAUUAGUUCAAAUCUGCAUUUGCUGACAGACAGUUUGAGCUACUUAUCGGAAUUAUGGGAGAUGUCGGCCCGACACUAUUUAAUUGGAUGAACAUUUUUUAGUUUUAUGCCUUAGCCAGAAUUUAACAAUACAUAUUAAUACAUUUAGUUUAUAUUUGAUUUACUGUAAUCAUUACUAUUGGAAUGUGAAGAGACUUUCAAACAGCACAACUAAAAAGUUUCUGAAGACAAUCACCUACGGCACCUUUAAGGCAUGGAUGAACAGGCUUUUAACAAAGACACAGAAAUGCUUUGGAUUUCAUUACAAACGUCUUUAAUUGUGUUGAGAAGAAUGGUUUUGGAUUAACUACAUUACAGCAUUUCCACCAUGGGGGUGAACUAGCCCUUUAAGCCUUUGAAAAACCAAGGUGCUUCUGACGUUCACGAAGCCAUUUUAUUCCUUCUGCUUUUCACAGUACUUUUGCCGAGCAUGUGGAAAACGACUCAGGUCUGCAAACAGAACAACAAACUCCAGAUUUAGCAGAUCUCAGAACAGUGCUGCUGUCACUUUGUGGUGAAAAUGUGUAAUGAAAAAUGGAGAAACGGCGCCACCUGCUGGCUGCUGUUGCUCACUGCAACACUGCAGGUCAACAGCAGGCCUAACAAAUAGGCUGGUUCACUGCAGUUUCAAUAGUAUUUUUUUAAGAAACUUUUGUGAGUAUGUUUUAGUAUCAAUGUGAAGUCACAGCAGAUGGCUUUUUCUUUGUAUAGUGCACUUUAAUUAGGUACAUUUUAAGGUGUAAUUCACGUUCCUGUUUAUAUGUGCAGCAUUCACAGUGUAACGCAGUUUAUUUGGCAUUUUUAUGAGUAGAAAUUAAUUGGUCAGAGGCCUGAAGGGUGUGUGCUUGUAUACAGAUAUGUGCUGUAGUGGAGUUGGUGUUGUAACGUAAUCUCCGAGCUCUGAUGAAUGACUGCUGCUGCGAGACAAAGAGCAGAAACGCAGCGUUAACGACUCAAUUUCAGUGUCUCUGAUAAGAUCCGUAUCGCUGCUCCGACUGCACUUCUGUUUACAGGAUCAGAGCCAUCUGAACUGCACUCAACAGUGUGUGUGCGCAGGUGGAUUACUUAUUAGUGUGAAGGAAAAUACUGCUGUACUGAGAAAAUGGACCACCCUGAGAAAAUGCCAUGUAAGGGGUAAAGCUUUUUACUCUCGUUGUUGUUUUUCGAUCCUUUUAUUCCCACUUUUUUCUUUUGUGGGUCGAUUGAACACUCAAGUAACACUAACCAGUGAGCUUUUAAAAUGUCUUCUGUCAGAAAAAAAACAAUUGACUGAGGUAAAGAGAGAGAGAUUGUAGUAGGGGAUGUGUGUGGCUCUGUGUGAGAGAGAGAGAGAGUGUGUGUGUGUCUGUUCAAAGAGAUUCCAUGCAAGCUCACUAUUUCAUGAUUAAUUCAGGAGGGUAGAGUUUGGCCCUUAUAAGGCAUUCAAGGCAGAAGAAAUGUGUAUUUUUUUUAGGUAUUUCAAACAAUAUCUCGUGUGAAAUUUUGUAUGUUUUGGUGUUUAUUUGAAUGGAUGAGCAAAUCAAUAAACAUUUUAUAAAAAUA